UCAUGCCAUUGCAAGGCAGUCAAGUACACCGUCGAAUCCAACACUCCGGUCCCAUACCAGCUCUGCUACUGCUCCAUCUGCCGCAAGCCCGGCGGGUACAUGGGGAGUGUCAAUAUCAUGGGCAACACCGAUACGCUCAAGAUAGUCCGAGGAAAAGAGAAGAUCAAGUAUUACAUCGCUGUACUCGAGUUCGACGCAGACGACAAGCCCACCAAGCGGGUCAACUCCAAGCGGAGCUUCUGCGCCGACUGCUCAUCCAUGCUAUGGCUACACGACGAGGAGUGGGCCCACUGGAUCUAUCCUUUCGCCGCGAGCAUCGACAAGCCCGGCCCGCUCCCUGCGCUGCCGGAGGGGACGACGAUGCUGGCCAUCAAGAGGGACUCUUGUGCCAAGUCUGUGCCGAUACCAGAAGGGGCGAAGGCGUAUGACGGAUAUGGGCCGGGCGAGGGGAUUGAGGAGUGGCAUAAGAAGCAUGGAGCGUGGGUGGAGUGA